UGAUUCUUCCUCUGCCGUUUUCUCCAGCCAGCUGCUGGUUCUGAGAGCCCCUGAGAGAGCCCACUCCUUCCAGCUUCAAGCCACGACUUGCUGCUUCGGUGGUCUGCUCAACUGGAUCUACGGCAAUCCACUUUGCUGGAGGCGAGCCUGCCGCCAGAAGCGCGUGGAUGCUCUCUCCAUCUCUCUCUUUUACGGUUUCGUGAAUACCGGAGACGUUCGCGGCUACUAGGCCGUGGCUUCACGCGGCUUCAGAUCGAUGACUUCAAGAGAGAAAGGCCUUUCUUCCUUUUAAGGAAGCAAGCUUGGCCAUAACAUAGAAGAUGACACCAGCCGCCGUCAAUCCGCAUCGAAAGAACGACCACGUGUUUUCACUAGGAGACCGCGCCAAGAAAAGGCGUCUGCCAAACGGCCACGCGUACGAAGCCGUUCCCUUAGAUCCUGACGUCUUCGACAUCGACGGCGAGAUCAUGUACGAAUCAGACGGGAAGAAGCGGAAAAAUUUUGCACCUAACGGCGGGAGACGAGAUUUCCCUGGGUCCGGCGUUUCUAAGAUGGAGGCCGACUGCACGGGUCCGAACGACACUGGUCGGAAGCGCAAGGCUUUGACGGAAAUUAUCCACCGCGACGGCUUAGGGAACGAUCCGGAAGCCGUGCGUUCAGUUCUUUCUAGGAGCGAGAGGACAUCUCUUAGGCGACAGAUUAGUACGGAUUUACAUUCGUCGCUGGCUUUAGGACGGAGAGUAGACGCGCGGGAGAUUAGAUUGAGGCAGGAACCGCAGGUCAUAUUGAGUGACUCGCUCGGGGAUCGGAGGGUUCGCAGAUCGGAAAACGGCGGAGCCACGGAGCUGUCGUCCGCUGGACAACCGGUCGACGGGGGCUUUGGGGAAACAGCACAGAGCGGUGGUCCCGCGGCGCUGGGAGCGACCCCGCAACCGCACCACCGGAAGCGAGCGGCUGCUGGCGGGGAGAGAGCAGCAGGCGGGAAGGAGAAGCGGACGCCGAAGGCGAAUACGACGUACAUACAUCCUGACUUUUUGUCCGCGGCUGACAAGCUACCGCCGCCGGAGAAGCCGAAAUCGAAGACGCCGAGCCAGAAGAAGGGUGCGGGGAAGGGAGUAGAACAGAAAGAUCCGCGUAGGCAGAAGGUCGAGGCUGCGCGGGGGAAGCGGAUGGCGGAUGUCUUCCGCAUGUGCGCGACGCUGCUGAAGCGGAUCAUGGCGCACAAGUUCUCGUGGGUUUUCAAUGUCCCAGUCGACGCGGAGAAGCUCGGGUUACACGAUUACCACACUGUCAUCAAGAAGCCGAUGGAUCUGGGUACGAUUAAUUCGCGAAUGAAGGCGUCGAGUUACCAGCACCCAGACGAGUUCCACAGCGAUGUGCUGCUCGUCUGGUCCAACGCCAUGACUUACAACGGGGAGGGCAAUGACGUGUAUUUCAUGGCGUCGGAGCUGAAGAAGAUCUUCGAGCAAGGGUACCAAAAGGUUCAGCAGAAGCUGGACGAGGACGCGGCGAAGCGGCGGGAGGAGGACGAACUGCUGGCAGCGGGAGGGGGCCUCCCGGAGCCCAGGGACAAGUCGGAAGUGCUCGAGCUGGAGAAGCGGCUGCAGAAACUAGAAUCGCAGCUCGUGGCGAGUACCAAGGCUCAGCAGCAGCAAGGGAAGGCUAAGGGAGGGCAGGCUAAGCCGCGAGUUGCCGAUGCGAAGAAGAGGGAGAUGACGUUUGCAGAGAAGCAGAAGCUGAGCGUUAACCUUGGGAAGCUUCCUCCGGAGAAGUUGGAUCGGAUUGUGCAGAUCAUAUCGGAGCGCAACCCGGAUCUGAGCCAGAACGCGGAUGAGAUCGAGCUGGACAUCGACUCGCUGGACAGCGAGACGCUGUGGGAGCUGGAGAGAUACGUGAGCAACUGCAUGAAGAGCAAGAGCAAGCGCAAGAAGAUCCCCCUCUAUGACACUGUGCAGCCGAAGGGCGUGGAUGCAUUUCCAGCAAGCUCAGCGGGAGACCUUAAAGAAGGAGAGGACAGCAUUGACAUUGGGGACGAAGGGCCUUUGCCUGCACAGCCAGCCGCUCCCUCCAGAGCAGAGCCUUCAAGGGCGUCAGCAGGGAACGGAGCUCAGGGUGGAGGGGCUGCCUCUGACUCAUCUGGGUCAUCAGGCUCAAGCGAUGACAGCUCCUCAAGUGAUAGUGACUCUGGGAGUGAUUCUUCCAGCAGUGACUCUGAUGAAAUCCAGUCACGGGAUGCUGGCUCAGAGGCCUCGCCUGACAAGAAUUGGUAGCUCCUCCCUCUUGCUGGCCCAUGAACCCGAGGCAGUGCCACUUGACAGGUUUUAGAUGGAUCAGUUGUUAUCCAUAACACAGUAGAAGGGUAAGCUUCCGCGUAUGCAGCUCACCUCAAUAGUUCCCCAUUGAAGUAUUGAAGCCUAAUCUGUAGUUUCAAAUCUGCGGUUGCAGGUUGUUGUUGUGACAGGCCUGUAUACUGGUACAUAGCAGCGCGAGUACAUCUUGGCUCUUGAGUAGCAUAUUCAAUUAAUUAACUUGAGUUGUGAAGGAUUAUGUACCCUUGCUAAUGCUA